UAACAAAUCCUACACCUGUAAUGGAUAAUGUGCGGGAUGUUACGCAGAGUACACAUAUAGCUUCCAGUAAAACACCAGUGGGAGGUGUUCCGGAAGUUACGCAGAGGGCGCACAGACCUUCCAGUAAAACACCAGUAGAAGGUGUUCCGGACGUUAUGCAGAGUGAAUCUACUAUAUCAUUGAAUAAGCCCGUUGUUAUGCUGAUGGCUACAAUUAUCGCGGUGUUCGUCGUAUUAUUAUUCAGCUGUCUAGCGAAAUACAUCUAUGUAUUACACACAAGGAAAGAGCGAAAAAAUCAGGAAACAGCCGAACAAGAGCCGUUGUCGAGCGGAACCUUGACGUCACACACGUAUGCGGAGAUUGACGAAAUUAACACAAGUGUUUCUGGUCAGCGACCGUUUGAAACGCCAGCAAGACAAUCAAAUAUGGCGACAUCAGCGUUAGGUCAUGAUAUAGGUCCACAAAACCAGAGCGUUUCUCAAACACGUCGAACAUUAUCAACAGGUGCACCCGACUUAUCCUCAAUGUAUAUCCAUCAAGCAAGGCCGUCAAAUAUGUUGACGUCUGGUGAUCUUAGAGUUUUAGGUCAUGCUGUAGGUCCACAAAACCACAGCUUCUCUCUAACGCAUCCAACAUUAUCAACAGCUACACCAGACGUAUCCUCAAUGUGUAUUCAUCAAGCAAGGCAGUCAAAUGUGUCGACAUCAUCUGGUUAUCUUGCACCUUUAAGUUGUAAUGUGCCAUCAGACAUUCAAGAUCAAAGAACAGCUGAUAAUGACGCAUGCUCAAAGUGCAUCCAGCCUGUAGCAUCACUAGGUGAUGAUGCAACCGUUUUUAACCAGGACGAAUUUAAAGCUCAACCAACAAUACCAAAUAUAUGGGCAUCAUCUGGUUGUCUCAGACGUUUACGCCCGCGUCCAGCGUUAUCAACAGUUGAUCACAGUGUUUCCUCAAUGCAUAUCCAUCCUGUGACAUCAGAAUGUGAUAUUUCUGAUCGGGUCGAUUUUAAAUCACGAGCAACAGUAGCAAAUGGUUCGACACCAGCGAGGUGUGAAGGACCAUCGAGGCGCCAACAGUUAAGGCUAGCUAAUCUUAACGAAACGUCAGCAUGUAUGCGCUUUGUGGUGUUGCGCCAUCACAAUUCAGGUUGUUCAGUUCAGGACAUAUGUAAAACGCAGGCAACAUUACCAGGCGUGUUGACAUUGAGUAGUCCAGCAAGACAUAUGAAGCGCCUGAACGAGAAAUUCAUGAUUGAACAGCGUUCAUCAGCUGACCAAGUCCAGUCUUCAAUCCCUAUAGACCCUAUUGUGUUACAAGGCCGUGAUACAGGUCGGCCAGAUCAAGGUGUCUUUCAAACACAAACAGCAUCAUCAAAUGUAGCAACAUCAACUAGUUCUCUUAGAACACAGAGUUGUAAUGUUGUACCACUGCCAUUGAAAGCUCGAGAGCAAAGAGCAGCGGAGCACAAGACCUCGAUAAAUACCCAGCCUGACGAUGAAGAUCAUUUAUGUCAGAGCGAAUGUAAACCGUAUUCAGAAUUACCAAGCAUGUCUAGAUUGACAGUGUCUGGUAGACCUCCACGGUUUAAUGGAACAUUAAGGUUUGAGGAAUGUUCUCCAGCCGACCGAGUUCACUCUUCAGACUAUAUAGAUCCUGUGACAUUACAAGGCCACGAAGUGGCUUCACCAGAUGGCAGCCGCAUUAAGUUGCAUGCAACAUUACCAAGAAUGUCGACGUCGGCUAGGUCUGUUGGACCAGAAAGGUGUAAUGGACAAUUAAGGAAUGGAGGGUUUACUCUAGCUGAUUCAUUUCAAACUUCAGUAUAUAUAGACCCUACAAAAUUACAACAUCAAGGCAUCGUUCAGUCGCAUGCAACAUUGCCAAGAAUGUCGACUAGGUCUGUUAGACCUGACAUAUAAAAUUAUGUAACAAACAAUUAAGGAGUGCAGGGUUAAAGAGCGAACGAGUUUACUUCAGCCGACCGAGUAUUAUCUUCGGUCUGUAUAGAUCCUAUAACAUUACAAAUCCAUGAUGUGUGUUCACCACAUUAAGGCAUCAUUCAAUCUCAAGCAACGUAACAAAGAAUGUCGAUAUCGACCAGCUGUUACAGAUCUCCCAGCAGGGAGUGGCGGUCCUUCUAAGGACGAACACCUGAUAGUGGACCAUGGAAGCAAUCACGACUUUGCCUAAAACGUCCUUUCGACUCUACCUUGUGCGGAUAUACAAGUUUGUCCGUAAUUCAGAAAAUUCCGACCCCCUCGCCAUCUUGGAUUUAACGGAUGUAACACAAA